UCCUGCACUAGAGGAGUGGCAAUAACCGGAUUCCAGAUGUUGUGGGGAAUCUGUGAUGUGUCUGCACUGCUCUCCAGCGCCUAAAGGGUUAACCCGACAGUCCUGCCCCCGGUUCCUGUAGAGCAGCAGUCGUGUAGCUGGCAGCGGUCCUUGCACUGAGUGUCUAUGAGUACCAUGUACUCCUACGUGCUGCUGCUCCUACUGCUCUUCCUGGCACCGACCCUGCAGAAGAACCGGGACUUCUACACCUUCAAGGUGAUCAAUAUCAGGGGGAAACUGGUGUCCCUGGAGAAAUACCGGGGAACGGUGACAUUGGUUGUAAAUGUGGCCAGUCAGUGCGGCUAUACCGAUGGCCACUACAAGGCGCUACAGAAGCUACAGCGGGACCUAGGACCUUACCACUUCAAUGUCUUGGGCUUCCCUUGUAACCAGUUUGGGCACCAGGAGCCAAACAGCGAACGGGAAAUUGAUUCUUUUGUGAAGAAGAGUUACGGUGUUACCUUCCCCUUGUUCAGCAAGAUAGCGGUGACCGGAACCGGGGCCAAUGCUGCCUUUAAAUAUUUGACAGAAUCCUUUGGCACAGAGCCCGAUUGGAACUUCUGGAAAUAUCUUGUGGGACCUGACGGUAAAGUGGUGAAUGCAUGGGGUCCUACUGUGUCGGUGGAAGAGGUUAAACCUCAUGUUGUGGAUCUGGUGAGGAAACUGAUCUUGAAGAGGAAAGAGGAACUGUAAUACUCAAUAUCAAUGACGGUAAAAUGGCAGCUCGGGGAAAGGGACUGGGUUUUUAUUGAACAUAAUAAGAUUAUAUUGACCGACCAGACCAUCGGCUUCAAGGCUUCUUCACCAGUUGAAUACAUGGAUUGGCUGGUAAGGCUGCCAUGAAAACUUACACAUAAUAAUUCCCAAAAGUCACUGUCCCACAUAAUAGGAUGUUCGGAAGCACAGGGCAUGACUCAAGGAUUUCCCGAGAUGCUGCAAUAAGGAAGCUAUUGAGCGAAACGACUGCAAUAUGGAAGCCAUCAAGCUAGACAGGUCUUAGCUAUGUGUGUCAGUAUAUUUCAUCCUUUUAAAAGGUUGUUACAAAAAGUCCUUUUUGGCUGGAUAUUUCUACAACCAUCAAUACAUGUUUUUUUUAGAUUUUUUUAUGACCACUGCUAGAGAAAUGCUCAUGUUUGCAACCAGAGCCUUUUCCAAUAAAAAUAAAUUAAACUAUCUAUCUCUUGUACUGUAUUGGCGCAGAUGUAAGCAGAUAUCAUUUUACAGUUGGUCUUUUGUAAUUUAAUUUGUUGAUCAAAAUUUUGUUUUUUGGCUCAUUGAAAGGAAUUAUCAUUAGACAAUGGUCAGGUCUCUAUGUUAAAGGGGUACUCCGCCCCUAGACAUAGAGAGAUAGAUAAGAUGUCUAAUCGCGGGGGGUCCCGUCGCUGGAGACCCCUGCGAUCUCGGCUGCGGCACCCCAGACAUCUGGUGCACCGAGCGAACUUCGC